AGUUACUCAUCUCUCAUCAUACAUGCAAUUUCAGCCGGCCACCAGCAGCAAGGUCAGCUGCUGUUCUGCCACUGUCAGUCACCUCUCUCUCUCUCUCUCUCCCAUCUUGUUUGUGUUGUACUUUUUGCAUGAAACUCACUCAUUUUAUGCCUUUGGACUCACUCACUCACCCCCUUCCCUUUUACUUUGACUCACGCGCUCCCAACAAACCAUCUCGAUCACAUUCUCUCUAUAUAAACUCACACUUUCCAUUCCUUCCAUUUCAACUCAUUAACGAUACACUUGUUCAUUUAAUUUCCUUCCUUCCUCUCUCUCUCUCUCUAACCAUGCAAGUUUUGAAAUCCGCAACAAAAAUGCAAGCAGCUACGCCACCACCUCCCUUGAAUCAGCUCAACAAUAUGAGACCCUAUGAAAUGGUUCACCACUUAGCUUCAUCCAACGCAGUGGUCAUCUUCAGCACCAGCUACAGCUGCAUGUCCUCAGUGGCAGAACGAUUCCUCAUCAGCCUUGGUGUGGGACCCACUCUCGUGGAACUUGAUCAGCAGCCGGAUCGUUCUGCUAUCUGGUCAGUCUUGUACGACCUUGCUGGGUCGGACCACCAGCCCGUUCCGGCUGUCUUCGUCGGUGGUAAGUUUCUUGGUGGUUUAGAGACUCUAAUGGCUAAUCACCUCAACGGAACACUUGUUCCUCUGCUCAAAGAAGCUGGUGCUCUCUGGCUCUAAAAAGGCUUCGGUUCAAUUUAAUUUCUCAAAUUUUAUAGGUAAGUCAUGUUUAGGUGGUUUUAGAGUCACAUGCAACAAAUAUGUUUUUAAGCAUUGAAAAGCAAAUAUAUAUAUGUGACAAAAUGUUAUUAUUGGUUUCUUUUAGUUAUAAAAUUGAUAGUUUAAUAUAA